ACUGUCACCGUUCUAAAAAUGAUUAGGCUAUAUAUUGCAGUAUGUUCAUAUUAUACACAUAUGGCCAGCCAGCCCAUCUACCAUACGAAUUCAAAAGGGAUAUAAAGCUUAGACUGACAGCAUGCUCUACCCGCGAGAAACGGGAACAUAACGGAGGAUUUUCAUAAAUAUACCUGACUCUGGAAAAUUGUAUUUAUUGCAUAAAAGAAGCCCUAUUGGAGUCAUUGUUUGCCCAGAAAAGCUUACCGAUGUGAGGAGAAAUACAAUUUACAGCGGCAAAGAAAAAGACCGAGAGAAAGGCCCUUUUGAUCUGGACAAACCCCAAAAGCAACCAACAUCUGUGACGAGGAGGGAAAAUAAAUUAAUAUCAUUGACUAAAACAGGAUAUAGUUGACACGGUUACGUUUUGUCCUGGAUUUAAAAGACAUUUGGAUGAAGAAGGAAGGGUCGGCGUAGUGAUCCACAUGCCGUCAUUUUAGUGGAAAUAUUAAUUUAGUCUUUUUUUAUCCCCCUAUCUGCUCGGCCCGUCUCGCUGGGGUUGAGGACGGAUUGCAAAAUAAAAAGGGAAAUACGCUUUGAUGGAACAGCAAAUGUUUUGGAUGUCAGUAGUCAGAAUUCUACCAGUGAAACCGAUGAUGGGUUCAAGAGGAGACAUUUGCUAGGAUUCAUUGUGGAUUGCAGCUCCACUGCAAGACGUCGUGGGAAUCCCGACUCGAGAGACCAUUUAUGUACAUUGUAGCGCUGAAGAAUCAUAUUCACAUUGAAAUUAAUAUUGAUGUCUUCAUGGUGGAUUGACAGUGAAAACCUUAUAGGAAUCAACCGUCUGAGAGGGCGGUCCGGGUAUCUUCAUUAGCACCACUACUCCGUUCUCCCUGAAUGAUCUAUUGUAGCCGAUAGAUAAUUAACAAUAACAUGUGAUAUAGGCUACGUCUGUGGAGGCCUUGAUCGUCUACAGGUUACAGUGGUUUUAUUCUGCAACUGGCAAUAUAAAUGUCACCCAUUUUGAUCAAGGUGCUCUUCUCCUGGGCCAAUUUAGGAAUCUAGAAUUUUUCUAUUAUAUUAAUCCCCCCCCUCACCCCCUUCCCCGAACCUUUUUGCUGGGUUUUUGGGAAGAUGGGUUGUUUGGGCAAUAGUAAGACCGAAGACCAACAUAAUGAGGAGAAAGCACAGAGGGAAGCAAACAAAAAGAUAGAGAAACAGCUUCAAAAAGACAAACAGAUAUACCGAGCAACUCACCGGCUACUACUAUUAGGUGCUGGUGAAUCUGGGAAGAGCACGAUAGUCAAACAGAUGCGAAUAUUGCAUGUGAAUGGCUUCAAUGCAGAGGAGAAAAAACAGAAAAUUCAAGACAUAAAAAAUAAUAUAAAGGAAGCUAUUGAGACUAUAGUGACAGCCAUGAAUACACUCACACCCCCAGUCCGGUUAGCCAACCCAGCACACCAGUUCCGAAUCGAAUACAUCCUGAACCUAGUAAAUCAGAAGGAUUUUGAGUUUACAUUGGAGUUCUAUGAGCAUGCAAAGAACCUAUGGCAAGACGAGGGGGUGAAGGCCUGCUUCGAGAGAUCCAAUGAGUACCAGCUGAUCGACUGUGCACAGUACUUUUUAGACAAGAUUGAAAUUGUGAAGCAGAGUGACUACACUCCCACUGAUCAGGACUUGUUGAGAUGCAGAGUACUGACUUCAGGGAUCUUCGAGACAAGAUUCCAAGUGGACAAAGUCAAUUUUCAUAUGUUUGAUGUUGGAGGUCAGAGGGACGAACGCCGAAAGUGGAUUCAGUGUUUUAAUGAUGUGACGGCCAUUAUAUUCGUGGUGGCCAGCAGCAGCUACAACAUGGUGAUCCGGGAAGACAAUCAGACCAACCGAUUGCAGGAGGCCCUCAACCUCUUCAAGAACAUCUGGAACAACAGGUGGCUACGGACCAUUUCUGUCAUCCUCUUCCUGAACAAACAGGACCUGCUAGCAGAGAAGGUGUUGGCAGGGAAAUCUAAAAUUGAAGAGUAUUUCCCAGAGUUUGCACGCUACACUACGCCAGAUGAUGCAACACCAGAGCCAGGGGAGGAUCCUCGUGUCACAAGGGCAAAGUACUUCAUACGUGAUGAGUUUCUGAGGAUCAGCACAGCCAGUGGAGACGGAAGGCACUAUUGUUAUCCCCAUUUCACCUGCGCAGUGGACACUGAAAACAUCCGGCGCGUCUUCAACGACUGCCGAGACAUCAUUCAGAGGAUGCACUUACGACAAUACGAGCUCUUGUGAUGGGAGUGGGAGGAGAGACUCCCGGUGUACUGCCGGUGUUCUGCCUAUCCUUGUCCAGUUAGUCCCCUCGUCACUCAACCAACCCUCUCCUUCCAUCCUGACAAACAAACACCUUCUCCUUGGGACACUGUGUUUCAUAUAAAGAAAGUGACAACAGACUCCUAAACACAGUGCCAUACCAGUAACAAGCCAGAACUGCGGAACUCUUCACUGCACUUUGAACCUGUGCUCAGGACUGCAAUCCGUGGCCCGUUCUCGAUCUCUCUCAAACAUACACACCACGUGCGCUCACACUCACAUCCCCGGCACACACUGAGACAAGAACACACACAGACACACGCUUUCACCUUAUCCCACUGUUUUCAGCCUUGAAAAGCUAAAGUGCCGUGCCUGAGUUACUCUGGCGACGUCACAGUUCUCGAGAGAUCCAGUAUAUGCAUACGUGCCGAAGCAGGACCCUGGGAAGGAAACUAUGGACAAAUUGAAAGGAUGGAGGAAAGUAACGAAUGAAGAGGCGGGUUGUGAGCAUACUCUGCCUGGGGAUGGAUGGAUGCAUGAGUGUGACUUGGACACAAGACUGUCACGUGACUUUUACUUCUGGUAUCAAUGAGGAGCAAAGGCAAAAACAUACAAUGCAUUAAUUCAUGCAAACAGUGAACUUGAUGCAGUGCAAAAAAAUCCAAGCUAAAAUAUAUAUAUAUAUAUAUAUAGAUUGAUAUUUCUAUAUAUAUAUAGCUAGAUAUUUCUAUAUAUAUGUAUAUAUAUAUAUGUAUAUGUGUGUACAAGUCAAACAUUUGGACACACGUGCUCAUUCAAGGGUUUAAGGGUAGAAUAAUAGUGAAGACAUCAAAACUAUGAAAUAACACAUCUGGAAUCAUGUAGUAACCAAAAAAAAGUGUUCAACAAAUCUAAAUAUAUUUUAUAUUUGAGAUUCUUCGAAGUAGCCACCCUUUGCCUUGAUGACAGCUUUGCACACUCUUAGCAUUCUCUCAACCAGCUUCACCUGGAAUGCUUUUCCAACAGUCUUGAAGGAGUUCUCACAUAUGCUGAGCACUUGUUGGCUUCUUUUCCUUCACUCUGCGGUCCAACUCAUCUCAAACCAUCUCAAUUGGGUUGAGGUCAGGUGACUGUGGAGGCCAGGUCAUCUGAUGCAGCACUCCAUCACUCUCCUUCUUGGUCAAAUAGCCCAUACACCGUCUGAAGAUGCGUUUUUGGGUCAUUGUCCUGUUGAAAAACAAAUGAUAGUUCCACUAAGCGCAAACCAGAUGGGAUGGCGUAUCGCUGCAGAAUGCUGUGGUAGCCAUGCUGGUUAAGUGUGCCUUGUAUUCUAAAUAAAUCAGUGUCACCAGCAAAGCACCAUCACACCUCCUCCAUGCUUCACGGUGGGAACCACACAUGCAGAGAUCGUCCAUUCACCUAUUCUGUGUCUCACAAAGAUGCAAUGUUUGGAACCAAAAAUCUCUCAUUUGGACUCAUCAGACCAAAGGACAGAUUUCCACUGGUCUAAUGUCCAUUGCUCAUGUUUCUUAGCCCAAGCAAGUCUCUUCUUAUUGGUGUCCUUUAGUAGUGGUUUCUUUGCAGCAAUUCCACUAUGAACGCCUGAUUCACACAGGCUCCUCAGAACAGUUAAUGUUGUGAUGUGUCUACUUGAACUCUCUGAAGCAUUUAUUUGGGCUGCAAUCUGAGGUGCAGUUAAAUCAAAUUAACUUAUCCUCUGCAGCAGAGGUAACUCUGGGGUUUCCUUUCCUGUGGCGGUCCUCAUGAGAGCCAGUUUCAUCAUAGAGCUUGAUGGUUUUGCGACUGCACUUGAAGAAACUUUCAAAGUUCUUGAAAUGUUCUGUAUUGACUGAUAAUCAUCUCUUAAAGAAAUGAUGGACUGUCAUUUAUCUUCGCUUAUUUGAGCUGUUCUUGCCAUUAUAUGGACUUGGUAUUUUACCAAACAUGGCUAUAUUCUGUAUACCUCCCCGACCUUGUUACAACACAACUGAUUGGCUCAAACGCAUUAGGAAGGAAGGAAAUUCCACAAAUUAACUUUUAACAUGACACACCUGUUAAUUGAAAUGCUUUCCAGGUGACUACCUCAUGAAGCUGGUUGAGAGAAUGCCAAAAGUGUGCAAAGCUGUCAUCAACGCAAAGGGUGGCUACUUUGAAGAAUCUCAUAUAUAAAAUAUUUUGAUUUGAUUAACAGUUUUUUGGUUGCUACAUGAUUCUAUAGUGCAAAUAGUAAAAAUAAAGCAAAAACCUUGAAUGAGUAGUUGUGUCCAAACUUUUGACUGGUACUGUGUAUGUAUGUAUGUGUAUAUAUAUAUAUGUAUGUGUAUAUAUAUAUAUAUAUAUAUAUAUAUACACACACACACAGUGGGGCAAAAAAGUAUUUAGUCAGCCACCAAUUGUGCAAGUUCUCCCACUUAAAAAGAUGAGAGAGGCCUGUAAUUUUCAUCAUAGGUACACUUCAACUAUGACAGACAAAAUGAGAAAAAAAAUUCCAGAAAAUCAUAUUGUAGGAUUUUUAAUGAAUUUAUUUGCAAAUUAUGGUGGAAAAUAAGUAUUUGGUCAAUAUCAAAAGUUUAUCUCAAUACUUUGUUAUAUACCCUUUGUUGGCAAUGGCAGAGGUCAAACGUUUUCUGUAAGUCUUCACAAGGUUUUCACACACUGUUGCUGGUAUUUUGGCCCAUUCCUCCAUGCAGAUCUCCUCUAGAGCAGUGAUGUUUUGGGGCUGUUGCUGGGCAACACGGACUUUUAACUCCCUCCAAAGAUUUUCUAUGGGGUUGAGAUCUGGAGACUGGCUAGGCCACUCCAGGACCUUGAAAUGCUUCUUACGAAGCCACUCCUUCGUUGCCCGGGUGGUGUGUUUGGGAUCAUUGUCAUGCUGAAAGACCCAGCCACGUUUCAUCUUCAAUGCCCUUGCUGAUGGAAGGAGGUUUUCACUCAAAAUCUCACGAUACAUGGCCCCAUUCAUUCUUUCCUUUACACGGAUCAGUCGUCCUGGUCCCUUUGCAGAAAAACAGCCCCAAAGCAUGAUGUUUCCACCCCCAUGCUUCACAGUAGGUAUGGUGUUCUUUGGAUGCAACUCAGCAUUCUUUGUCCUCCAAACACGAUGAGUGGAGUUUUUACCAAAAAGUUAUAUUUUGGUUUCAUCUGACCAUAUGACAUUCUCCCAAUCUUCUUCUGGAUCAUCCAAAUGCUCUCUAGCAAACUUCAGACGGGCCUGGAUAUGUACUGGCUUAAGCAGGGGGACACGUCUGGCACUGCAGGAUUUUAGUCCCUGGCGGUAUAGUGUGUUACUGAUGGUAGGCUUUGUUACUUUGGUCCCAGCUUUCUGCAGGUCAUUCACUAGGUCCCCCCGUGUGGUUCUGGGAUUUUUGCUCACUGUUCUUGUCAUCAUUUUGACCCCACGGGGUGAGAUCUUGCGUGGAGCCCCAGAUCGAGGGAGAUUAUCAGUGGUCUUGUAUGUCUUCCAUUUCCUAAUAAUUGCUCCCACAGUUGAUUUCUUCAAACCAAGCUGCUUACCUAUUGCAGAUUCAGUCUUCCCAGCCUGGUGCAGGUCUACAAUUUUGUUUCUGGUGUCCUUUGACAGCUCUUUGGUCUUGGCCAUAGUGGAGUUUGGAGUGUGACUGUUUGAGGUUGUGGACAGGUGUAUUUUAUACUCAUAACAAGUUCAAACAGGUGCCAUUAAUACAGGUAACGAGUGGAGGACAGAGGGGCCUCUUAAAGAAGAAGUUACAGGUCUGUGAGAGCCAGAAAUCUUGCUUGUUUGUAGGUGACCAAAUACUUAUUUUCCACCAUAAUUUGCAAAUAAAUUCAUUCAAAAUCCUACAAUGUGAUUUUCUGGAUUUUUUUUCUCAUUUUGUCUGUCAUAGUUGAAGUGUACCUAUGAUGAAAAUUUCAGGCCUCUCAUCUUUUUAAGUGGGAGAACUUGCACAAUUGGUGGCUGAGUAAAUACUUUUUUGCCCCACUGUGUAUAUAUAUAUAUAUAUGUGUGUGUGUAUAAGUAUACAUAUAUGUAUACAUACACACAUGUAUGUAUGUACACACACACACAUA